AUGUUGAGAUUCAGACUUACAAGCGGGUCUUCCAGAAGAUUCCUAAGCCAAACCUCGGGUUUGUUGGCUGCUAAGAAACAGCACGAUCUAGUCAUUGUGGGAGCUGGUCCAGGUGGUUACGUGGCGGCAAUUAAGGCUGCUCAGCUUGGCUUUGACGUUGCGUGCGUGGAGAAACGUGGAAGAGCUGGUGGUACCUGUUUGAACGUGGGAUGUAUCCCUUCGAAGGCGUUGCUGAACAACUCGCAUUUGUACCAUCAGAUGAAACACGACUCCAAACAGAGAGGUAUUGACAUCAACGGUGACGUUGCCAUUAACAUGGCUCAAUUCCAAAAAGCCAAGGACACUUGCGUGAAACAAUUGACCGGCGGUAUCGAGAUGCUGUUCAAGAAGAAUGGCGUGACCUACUACAAGGGUCUCGGGUCUUUCGAGAGCGAAAACAGCAUCAAGGUUUUGCCUGUCGAGGGCAUUGAGGGCAGCAUCAAAGAAGAAACUCUUCUAGAAGCCAAAAAUAUCAUUAUUGCCACCGGAUCUGAGGUUACUCCUUUCCCAGGCAUCAAGAUUGACGAGGAAAGAAUUGUCUCCUCCACUGGUGCUUUGGAGCUAAAAGAAGUACCCAACAGACUCGCUAUUAUCGGUGGUGGUAUCAUCGGUCUAGAGAUGGGGUCUGUUUACUCACGCUUGGGUUCCAAAGUGACUGUUGUCGAAUUCCAGCCCAAGAUCGGUGCCACCAUGGACAACGAAGUGGCCACCACUACUCAAAAGUUCUUGAAGAAACAAGGUUUCGACUUCAAACUCGGAACCAAGGUGGUCUCUGCCGAAAGAAACGGCGAAAUCGUGAACAUCGAAGUGGAAAAUGUCAAGAGCGGCAAGAAGGAGUCUUUGGAAGCCGAUGUCUUGUUGGUAGCUGUCGGCAGAAGACCAUACGUGCAAGGUUUGAACUGUGAAGCUCUUGGUCUAGAGGUGGACAAGAGAGGCCGUUUGGUCAUCGAUGAACAAUUCAACACCAAAUACCCGCACAUCAAAGUUAUUGGUGAUGUCACUUUCGGCCCCAUGUUGGCCCAUAAAGCCGAGGAAGAAGGUAUCGCAGCUGUAGAGUAUUUGAAGCACGGUCAUGGCCAUGUUAACUACGCCAACAUUCCUUCCGUGAUGUACUCCCACCCAGAAGUCGCCUGGGUCGGCAAAACAGAGGAGCAGCUAAAGGAAGAUGGCAUUUCUUACAAGAUUGGAAAAUUCCCCUUCAUGGCGAACUCAAGAGCCAAGACCAACAUGGACACAGAGGGGUUCGUGAAGAUUUUGAUCGAUGCGGAGACGGAACGUCUAUUAGGUGCUCAUAUUGUGGGCCCUAACGCCGGUGAAAUGAUAGCUGAAGCCGGACUCGCUUUGGAAUAUGGUGCCUCUGCUGAGGACAUUGCCCGCGUGUGUCACGCCCACCCAACUUUGUCGGAAGCAUUCAAAGAGGCCAAUUUGGCUGCUUUCUCUAAGUCCAUAAACUUUUAA